UCCUCUUUGGCUUGCCGUAGCAAAGACACCCAGAGUAGCAUUGAUUAGCCACUAAAUUGAUCUGAGAUUAAAACACAUCUCUAAUGUUAGUCUUGUGUUAUAUUGUGAGCUGUCCAGGAGGGAAAGUUUUAUGCUUGAACAGAAAGUAAAGAAAGACGCUCUCCGUCUGAUUUGGUACGUAACGUGACCUCUGUGGCUUCCGUAGACAGGAAAUGAGACGAUAACAACAACAGCUAACAUGGUACUGGAAAAAAAGGGUUCCGCGCGGGUGGAGGCCGGUCAGCGCAGAGUUUUGGAUGAAGCCACCAGGCAGAGGAGACUGACCAGACAGCUGGAGGCUCUGGAGAAAGACAACUUCCAGGACGACCCGCUGUCCUCCCUGCCCCCCCCAGGUCCUACCGCCCGCCUGCCUGCCUUCAGUGAGACUGAAGAACCAGAGAAGAAGAAGAGGAAGACGAGGGGCGAUCACUUCAAGCAGCGUUUCAGGAAGAACUUCACCACCCUGCUGGAGGAAGAGAACCUGUCGGAGAAGCCUGAGCCUAACUACCUGUCAGCGGCGGCCCCUCCCUCCUCGCUGCCCCCCCGUCACUUCUGCUGCGUCUGUGGUUUCCCCUCACACUACACUUGCACCACCUGCGGGGGGCGCUACUGCAGCGGCAAGUGCCUGUGCACACACAGAGAGACCAGGUGUUUGAAGUGGACGCUCUAGCUGCCGCCUUGUCACCGAGGUGACGGGGUGUUGGGAUGCAUUUGGGACGAUGAAGCUGCAGCACAGAGGUUUAGACUCGUGGGUUUUGAACCUGUGACCUCUCGUUUGUCUUCUGCGAGAGCAGAUAGGACUCACAGUUACUCAGAGUUUGCCUUGGAUGUCGUCUUCUGUUUUCUUUUUUAGAGUUUUGGUAAAUAAAUGAUGUGAUAUCUCAGCCUGUCACACCUGUUAAAGCAUAAGUCUGACAUUUGGGUAGAUCCUGCUCUGAGUCUGUUCACACUGCUGUGGAAACAUCAGGUCUGGGAAGCUUCAGCUGUGGACUCAGCCUGACACAGUCCAGGUGAACAGCAGCACAGUCUGCAGCCUCCACAGUGACCUCACAGGUAAAACCAGCACUGCUGUGAAUCAGUCUGAACAUCACCACCUUCACGAGACGGGGUCACUGCAGCACUGUUGGAUCAGACUGACUCGGCCUGACACGGGUUCCUAAUAAACUGACCAGUGGAUGUACAUACACACAUUUUCCUAGUUAGAAGCUUGUCUUGGAAUGUUUGUCAGUACUUUCUCCACCUGUGAGAAGCUUCUCACUGUGAGUUUGUCACUUCCCAUUGUCCCACAGUGAUUUGAUUUGUUGUUGAUAAGAACGUUUCUGUGAAAGAAUAAAGUCUAAAUCUGAA